AUGAACAUUGCUACUGGAAAACACAUCAGAUAUCACUUCUCUUAUGACUUACUCUUUCGUUCCCCUCAACGACCAAUCCACUUCCAGCCGACGACUGCCUCCCACCGAGUGGGCCUAUGGAUUGCGCCGACCUGUUCGCGUCCGGGGAACGACAAGAUGGCGUCUAUUCCGUGGGAUAUCCUCCGUUCGAAGUCUACUGUCGCAUGACAACUUUGAACUGUGGUUCCACCAUCUUACAACGACGACAGGACGGGUCGGUGGACUUUGGGAGGCCUUGGAGUGACUACCAGGCAGGAUUUGGUGACCCAAGCGGAGAGGUGUGGAUGGGUUUGGAGAAAGCACAUCGCCUGACGUCAACGUCGGACUACGAGUUGAUCAUUGAGCUCGAGGAUUGGGACGGAAACGUGGCUGAGGCGACCUACCGGACGUUCAACGUUGGAGACAUUACUUCGUUCUAUGCGUUGGAGAUAGGAGAUUUUGCGGGUGACGCAGGAGACAGUUUGGCACCAGACGGACGGUACAACGCCAACGGCCAACAAUUCUCAACCUUCGACGUGAAGAAUGACGACAAUGAAGACUUCAACUGUGCGUCAACGUACAGUGAAGGCGGAUGGUGGUAUCCACCAGGUUGCGGCUACGCGUUCCUAAACGGGAAGUACCUGACGGACUGUAACCCUUACUGUGACCCGUCUCAAGGGGUUGUCUGGCACACCUGGAAGGGGUCUGGUUAUUCACUCAAGAGAUCUACAAUGAUGAUGAGGCCAGUCAACUUUGACAAUACACCUUGCAUCCCAACUACGACUGAAGAGCCCCCGUCCACACUCGCAUCAGUAGCAGCUACUUCAGACGAUCCUGGGAAUGCUUUAGCUGCAGGAGACGGCAUAUGGGAUAAAUACCUAGCUGGCGAGUAUAACCCGGACGAGCCUGAGAGUGGGGGUAACGCCAGCUGGACAGAAUGGCAGCUCUGGAAGACAGGCGAGCCGCUACCGCCAAGAUAUGACAAGAGUCAGAGACCAACAAGUGGGGAAUAUAUCUACGACUCUAGAGUACGUACUGGCCUGGAUAGAUCCUCGACUAAAGGGCUUGACCACCUCCUGGGUUCCCGUUCCCCCGGACCUACUCUGGACACCGCCACUGAGCUUCGGGAGGAACAUCAGAAGGACAUCUGUCGUGGACAGGGGGAGUACAUCGGACACGGGGAUAUCCCUGUGGCUGCACAAGAGUGGGCUGACUGUCUUUAG